GUCAGCGAGCCCCAGCCUCCAAGGCGCUUCCGUCCAUUCACCCAGCCUCCUCAUGCCGGUUCCCGCUCUUUCCCAGCAGUCCGCCGCCUGGGACGCCAACCUGUUUGUGGAGGUCACUCCGGGGCCGCCUGCAGCCUGUGGCUUCUCCCCUUCCUCGCUGCCGUGCAGCGCCUGAUGGGCUUGCCGCCGAGAAGACGGCACGGAGCUUUCCGUUAAGCGAGAAAGCAUCCCGCCUCGCCGCCACCUCGCACACCCACAGCGGAGGGAUUUACUUCGUCUGGAGGAGCCCGAGGGCUGGCCGCACGCCGAGGAGAAAAUGUUCCUCGACCCAGACGCAGCCAAAGGGACACCCUCCCGUGAUGUCCUCCUGGUUUCAGUCAUCAUCACCAUUAGCCUUAGUGUCACCAUUGUCCUGUGUGGAAUUUGCCAGUGGUGUCAGCGCAAACUGGGUAAGCGUUAUAAAAACUCCUUGGAGACUGUGGGAACUCCAGAUUCCAGCCGAUGCCGGAGUGAAAAGAAAGCUAUUAAUGAUCUAGACAGAGACUUUUGGAAUAACAAUGACAACACAGUGCAGCAGAAAUGGAGUUCCUACCCUCCCAAGGAGUUUAUACUAAACAUAUCACCUUACGCCCCAUAUGGUGAUCCACGACUUUCCCUCAAUGGCUCAUUGCUGUCAGGUGCAAAGUUGGCUGCCUCAGCCACAGCUGGGUUGGCAGGAGAGCGAGAAGGAUGCCACGGAGAGAGGCAGCAGCUCCGAGAGGACGGCAUGAAGAGCAGCGUGUCUGCCCACAGCGAACCCAGCAUUGGGAAGGCGGGGAGAGGCCGAUGGCAAAUGGUGCAGAGCCACCUAGCAGCAGGGAAGCUCAGCUUAUCCAAUUUUGAGGAUUCCACCAUGUCCACAGCCACUACCCUUGAGUAUAUCCCCACCUCAGCAGGAGACCCGAAAUGCCAGCGCCCGCGCACCCUCUUGCGCCAGCAAAGCCUCCAACAGCCACUCAGCCAGCAUCAGAACCCCAGCCACAGCCAACCCACCACCAGCCAGAGCCUGGGUCACCUGCAGUCCCACACCAGCUCCUCCUCAGCCACUGGCAACCCUCGGGGCUGUCGGAGUGGGCAGUCACGGCAAGGGACCUCCGCUGGCUCCAAGCAGAGGACAGCUGGUGGCCGUAGCCGCUCCAACCCUGGGAGCUGGGAUCAUAUGGUGGGGCAGAUUCGGAACCGAGGCUUGGAUAUGAAAUCUUUCCUGGAAGGCCGUAUGGUGGUGCUAUCCCUUGUUUUGGGGCUCUCAGAACAGGACGACUUUGCCAAUAUACCUGAUCUACAAACUACUGGGAACCAGCAGAACCAGAAUUCUCAGGGGGACAAGAGAUUACCAUCUGGAGGGAAAGUUGUCAACACAACACCAGUGCCAGGUCAGACCCAACACGAGGAUACUGAUCACAAAACAGAGCCCCGUUCAUCUGUCACAGACCUUGUAAAUUCCCUUACUAGUGAGAUGUUGAUGCUUUCCCCUGGAUCUGAGGAUGAUGAGGGACAUGACAGCUCCAGCCGAGAGAAUCUGGGCCGCAUCCAAUUUAGUGUUGGCUAUAAUUUCCAGGAAUCUACUCUCACUGUCAAAAUAUUGAAAGCUCAGGAGCUGCCAGCCAAGGAUUUCAGUGGCACAAGUGACCCUUUUGUCAAAAUCUAUCUCCUGCCAGAUAAAAAGCAUAAACUGGAGACCAAGGUGAAAAGGAAGAACUUAAAUCCACAUUGGAAUGAGACCUUUCUUUUUGAAGGUUUCCCAUAUGAGAAAGUGGUUCAGCGGGUGCUGUAUCUACAGGUCUUGGAUUAUGAUCGGUUUAGUCGUAAUGAUCCAAUUGGGGAAGUUUCCAUUCCUCUCAACAAAGUGGACUUGACUCAAAUGCAGACUUUCUGGAAGGAUCUAAAGCCCUGCAGUGAUGGGAGUGGAAGCCGAGGAGAACUCCUUCUAUCCCUUUGCUACAAUCCUUCUGCUAACUCCAUCACUGUGAAUAUUAUCAAAGCUCGGAAUCUUAAAGCCAUGGAUAUUGGGGGAACAUCAGAUCCCUAUGUGAAGGUGUGGCUGAUGUACAAAGAUAAGCGGGUGGAAAAGAAGAAGACAGUGGUGAUGAAGCGAUGCCUGAACCCAGUGUUCAAUGAAUCCUUCAUGUUCGACAUCCCCACAGAGAAGCUGAGGGAGACCACCAUAAUCAUUACGGUCAUGGAUAAGGACAAGCUGAGCCGGAAUGAUGUCAUUGGAAAGAUCUACCUAUCGUGGAAGAGUGGACCAGGCGAAGUAAAGCACUGGAAGGAUAUGAUUUCACACCCUCGCCAGGCAGUGGCACAGUGGCAUCAGCUGAAGGCUUGAGAGGCAGAAGCCAAGGACUCGCUCUGGGGUUCGGUGCACCAAGUCAGCAUUUAUUGGCUACACUCUCAUGACAUGACUUUAUGCACAGCGGCUGCACUGAGGUGUCCUCUUGAGAGAAAAGCUUGGGGGAUGGAUGAAUAGAGGCUAAGAGAGUAAACCUGAAAUAUGUACUUUAAAAAAAAACUCUGGGCGUGGGAAAGUGAUGUCAGUGCCCCUUAUGCUGGUUCAGCGGCACAUACUACUAUGAGGAGCAUUGUUACCACCCAACCUCCUGCUUUAGCCUGCCCUUCAGACUCUGUGCUUAGUAAGAACAAGCAAGAGGAAGAGCUGGAACAAAGAAGAGCCGCUCUCCAGGGGCUUCAGCCCAGAGAAGUGAAAGGGGCCUUUUCAGCCCUGGUUUGUUUGAGUAUGCAGUGUGGCACGGACCUUGAAGUAAUGGGAGGAGAGGAAUCUGUGACUGCCAUACAAGACUGCCCAUGCGUUCUUCCAGCCAAAGGCCCAUUAGAAUGGUAGCCUGCCCUGCCAUGAGAAAGCUAGCCCUCAUCUGUGGGUGCACAGACUUGAGAGGGGGAAUGGCAAGAUCACUUGCUCUGUUUCAGUGAGGUGGCUUCAUUUUAAUUCAAUACAACUUGUAAGAGUAAUAAUAUAAAUAAUAAGGAUGGCUAGACCUUUAUCCUAGCCAGGCCUCUCAGCAAAGCAGAAAGGAGCCAUGAUGCUCCCAUAGCCCUCUGGGUGCAUUUUGUGUGUGUGUGUCUGUGUCUGAGAGAGAGAGAGAGAGAGAGACGGAGUGAGGAAGGGAGACUGGUUGUGAGUAACUGAAUGUGUGUGUGUGAGUGUGUUAUAACUAGGUAUGAAGAGUAUUUAUGUGUCCCUUGUGUUUUCUUUCCCUCAGCCCCAGAGAAAUUGUUUUUCUAAGGGAAUGGAUUGUCAGCCUCACAGGGAUCAACAAGAACUUAUGCCAUGUGAGAAAGGAAAGCAGUUGAUUUCCAGGCUUGGAGUCAAAGGGAAAAGAGAGCAGUGAGAGGCAAGAAAGCUAUUUUGAUGGAAGCUUUGAAGUACAUGUCACAAACUAAAGUUUCUUAAAGAGAAACUAAUGUUUAUUCCUUUGAUCUGUCAGUGGUGAAGAGACAUGUUAAAUACUGCUGAAUUUUCUCUGGCAAGCAGAUCAGACGGAUCCCUCACAACUUGUUCUAUCCAAUCAGCCGUAAGAAGUCUACCUAUUUCAAUCUGCACUGGCGCCAUCUUUCUUCUCCAUUUUGGUGUCCCAAGGCUGGCAUUUGCCCAGACCAGAGUCUUGCCACUAGAACAAGUGUGCAGCAAUACGAUUAACCAGUUAGUUUUCCACUAAUUGUAAGAUAGAUUGCCUCAUAAUGAACACCUCAUUAACAACUUAUAUCACUCAUGAGUGUAUGACUUUUUAGAGACUUGUACACCUCCACUAGGUACAUCUCAGGAUAUUAUUUUAUAUACUAAAAUUACCCCUGCUUGCUAAUCAGAGGUCCUAGGUGUCCUUUAGUUAUUUAGACCUUGACUUGUUUUUUUCCCUCAGAUCCUAGAACAUCUUAUGGUCUCCUAAUUUUUUCUCCUUAUUAUCUGGAAAAACUUUUUUGAAAAAACCUCAUUUUUCAGAUACUUUGUCAGCAUAAAAAGAUAUAAGACAACUGUGCUGAAGCAGGGAUGCAGUCACUCUGAAAAUAAAUCACUGUAGCUAAUUUCUGGUUAAUCCACUCAACACAGAAUGUAUUAAAAUCAGCAGGUGACACUAUCACAAAUUUAGCAUAAUAAUGUAGUAAUUAAACAAAAGUGAGCCUAGCCACAGUCCACAACUACUUUGUACAUGUUUGACAGCUUCUCUACUUUCCACCCCAAAUCAGGAAGGCUCAGUAAAAAAAAAAAGGAUUGUCUAAAAAUUGUUCAGCAUAAAGCAUCCAGUGCUAAUGCUGUAAUCCACCCUACCCCAACUCCUGAUGAGUGCAGUGGGGACUGAGCAGCAGCAUUAUUAUUUUUAACUGCAUAUUCACAUAACUGAUGUGUUCAAAACUUAAGCUGCUAUGGAAAACAGAUGCCUUGAUGUAUGUGCAAAACAGUUUUGUGAUCAAAGAUGGCACUUGUUGAACAUUUUUAGCACCCAUUAAACAAAAUAUACUUGG